GUCAUGAGUGUGUGGCCCCUGCUGCUGCUGCUGCUCUCUGUGCCGCUCUGGAUCUUCACUCGGGCGCUGGAGAGGGUCGAGCUCCGCGCCGGUCAUGCGCUCACCUGUGGACAGGGUAUAAUUUACUGCGAAGUAAAUUCAGGUGGCCACACGUGCAUUCAGGAUGACGAGCAUGUCUAUGUGAGCAGUCUAGACGCCUACAUCGUGCAGUGCCAAAAGCAGCAGACCUGGAGCUUGUGCUUGAAAGUCCUGGUGAACGUCACAGUCAGAGAUGCAGAUCAACCUGUGACGGGUGAUGGCAGUGGUGAAGAGGCAGAGGUAAUGCAUGGAGGCGCUCAUCAAGGAGACCUCGACAACAUGACGUCUGCUGCCGCCGCUGUUCGUGUGUGUUACACGUACUCUUCACAGAGCCACUUCAGCAUGCUCCGGUUCACAGUCCGUUCUUCAGCGUUUGAUGACAAAGCUACACUGCAGGUGUGGAUGUCUUUAGUGGUGGAUAUACCGGAGGCAGAGCUCGGCAGUUCUGUCGUAGUCCAUUCUUCAUGCACUAACUCAUGCACUCAUGCACAAACUAAACUUGUCGAUCUUCCUUCAAUAGAGGAAGUGUGUUCCAAGGGUUUAGAUGCCAUCUUCUGUAAGGUCCCACCCAAGCUGCACAAGAAAACUGACCAUGCGACAGGAGCAAUAAAACUGUAUGUGGCCAGUGCAGAUGAAGAGCGUUUCCAGGAGUUUUCUGCAUGCCAGAAGCUGGGCCGGAAGGGACGCUGUCUUACGGUGGAAUGGAAUAAUGCCAGCCAUGAGUUUGAGCUUUUACCCAGCUCUGUCGCCCCCUGUCUGUGCUUUGAGAUUUGGGGAAACUUUCCUCGAACCGAGUAUUGUCCAUUUUUGAAUGAAACGGCUGUCUCAGGUGCCAGCGUGUCCGUGUCUUUGGCAGAGACUGGAACGCAUCUCAAGGCUCUGGUCUGGAGCCUCAGCGCCCCCUGCAGGCUGGAGGCUCAGCUGUGGUUGUGUAGGAAGGGCUCAGGACUGGACAGCCGCUGCCAUGCGGUCAACAGCAGAUCUCAGGUCCACACCCGGCUGGACGACAGCUGGAAGGAGACUCAGCACAGACACUGGCAGUUAAAAGGAGAGUUUUUACAAGUGGAACGCCAUCCUUCAUUGUGUGUGCAGGUUAAAGUGGCAGGAAUGGAUGGUUUCCUGGGACCAGUAUGUCCUUUUGAAGUGAAGAGGGAUCACUGGGGCGUCCCGCUGGUGCUGUGUGCACUGCUAGUGUGUCUGUCGGUGCUGGCAGCCUACGCAGUGCAGGGGACACUGAAGAGCUGUGUGUUCAGAUGGCUGAAGGUGGACGAUGUGAAGCCUGCGGCGGGGGGCGUGGAGGUGCUGCUGGUGUGUCCUCCCGAUGCGGACUGCACUGUCACUGACUCUGUGUGCCGUCUGUGCUCCAGUCUCUCCGCCGUGGGCUUCCGCGUCUCUCUGGACCUGUGGAGCCGCUCGGAGAUCAGCGCCCUGGGGCCCGUGCCCUGGCUGCACUCCUGUCUUGAUCAGGUUCAGCGGCGCGGAGGCAAGGCAGUGCUGGUCCUGACACAGGCGGCCUGCGAGCGGGCUGAGGAAUGGGGCUGUCGAGUUGCCAGACAGAGACCAGAAGAAGAAAGGCAGACGUGGGUAGACAGGGGUGUCCAGUCACUGACGUGCUCCGAGGUCUUCGACGCAUCGCUGAGCUGCAUUCUGACGGACUAUCUGCUGGGUCGAGCUGGAGAGCGGUUCAUGCUGGUCUGGUUUGAUGGGCAGAGCCCUGCGGCGGCCCUGCCGGAGCUCUUCAGGGGACUGCCUUCGUUCAGCUUGCCUUCUCAGAGUCUGGACUUCAUAAUGGAGCUCACGCAAGGGCCUCGUAAGGGACAAAGAGUAUCAGAGCGGUGGGUGCGAGGGGGGGCGUUGAGAGCUGCAUCAGGGGCGCUCCGAGGGCUCGCGGGAACUACAGGACACAUGUGUGCAGGGCUCCCUCGGGACUCUGAAGAGCCUGGGACGGAGGAAGCCUGGGAAACUGUCCCGCUACAGGCAGACCAGUUGAGCCCUGCUCUCCACACAACAACAAACACUGCAGGUUUGGUCUAAACUAGUCUCAACCAGACCUUUGACUAAGCGGCAUGAGGUCUGGUCCUUGCUGGGCCUUAUUCUGGCCAGAAACAAGCCUCUUACAGGAAUAGUUCACGCAAAACAGCUGAUAAAAACAUCACAA